AUGAUCGAAUUCCCCUCCGUCCUCCUUCCUAACAACAUCGCCUCUGGUAGUAUCGUCGACAUCACAGUAGCGCGCAACCAUGCCGCUGAAGCUACCAGCGCGUCCGACUUUCAGUCGCUUCAGAAACGUAUCCUGAACACCUACGGUAUCAAAACCCCAUCGCCACCCGUCCUCCGCCUCCGAAAUGCCACGCAGACAUCGCUAGUCCUAGAAUGGGAUCCUAUCGAUCUGGCAACAGCGUCGCUCAAGUCACUGUCUCUCUACCGUAAUGGCUCCAAAGCUGGCUCGAUACCAAGGCCAACAGAGACUCGGAGUACCAAGAUCAGCGGACUUGCUAUCCAUACCGAAUACACCUUCCACCUUGUCCUACGCACGACUGCCGGUACUUAUCAGUCGGAGAAGUUGACCUGUCGGACGCACAAGAUGACGGAUCUAUCUGGAAUCACUGUCACACCGGGAAUUCUUCCUCCGCAGCAGAAGGAGGCACUCGCAGCCGCACUGGACCGCAUCGGAGGCAAGCUGAUCGACACCGUUCGCAUCGACACGACUCACUUUGUUUGCACGGAAGGGCGAGGCCCGUUGUGGCAGAAAGCCGUGGAGAUGAAUAUCCCUGUGGUGGUGCCGGAGUGGGUUGAUGCCUGUGAGGCGGAGGGUACAAUUGUCAGUGUCCGGGGCUAUUACCUGAAUGCAGACCCCAAGGCCCGACAGCUAGGACCGAUUCACGGAUCGUCGCAGCACCAGCACAACGCCUCCACGGCCUCGAUAGCAACAACUGCCCAGACCCAGGCUCCAUCCCAGAACCAGACGCAGACCAACCUUCAGACGUUGCCUUCGCGCGAACGCGGCCAGUCUACUACAAGUGAACAGCCGGUGACUCCUUUUCCGGGACAACCCACGAAUGGUCAACCCAAGGCAGAGGAGCAAGAGGUGUCAGACAGCGAACAAUCGCCUCCCCCGCCUCCUCCAAAGGACGACGCUCCAGAGGCUCCAGAGAAAGAAGAAGCAAAGGAGGAAACCCCGGAGGCUAGCACCCAGCCCGAGCAAAACGGCGAUUCUAAGCCCUCAGAGGCCACAUCUCCAGACAAGAAGGAAGAACAACCCGAGCAGAAUGGGACCGCGAAGGAACCGGAAAACGCUUCGCCAGAGAAUAAAUCCGCGAACGAAGAGCCUGUUGGCGAUGUAGAGAAGAAGCUCAAGGGGAAACAAAGCGAAGGGGACUUCAACGAAGUUCCUCUUUAG